AAGAAAAGAAAAGAGAAAGAAAACCCUAGCUUCCUCCACUACUUAAACCCCUCUCCUCAAUUCAAACCCAUUCCUCUGCUCUUCUCUCUGUUUCGCCGCGCUGCUCACUCACUCUUUUCUUUCUCGUUUACUAAAAUGAGACCUCCUCGAGGCCGUGGUGGUGGUGGUGGUGGAUUUAGGGGCAGGGGUGAUGGAGGAAGGGGUAGAGGCAGAGGCGGUGGCGGUGGAGGCAGAGGUGGUGGUGGAGGAAGAGGUAUGAGCCGCGGUGGUGGUCGCGGAGGAGGAAGAGGCCGUGGUGGAGGAAGAGGAGGUGGUAUGAAAGGUGGGAGCAAAGUUGUCGUUGAACCCCAUAGACAUGAAGGGAUUUUCAUAGCCAAGGGUAAAGAAGAUGCCCUUGUCACCAAGAAUAUGGUCGUUGGUGAAUCUGUCUAUAACGAGAAGAGAAUAGCCGUACAGAAUGAAGAUGGAACAAAAGUUGAAUACAGAGUUUGGAAUCCAUUCAGGUCGAAGUUGGCAGCCGCUGUUCUUGGCGGUGUUGAUGACAUAUGGAUUAAACCUGGUGCUCGAGUGUUAUAUCUUGGUGCUGCGUCUGGGACUACUGUAUCUCAUGUCUCUGAUGUUGUUGGCCCUACUGGUAUUGUGUAUGCCGUGGAAUUCUCUCAUAGAAGUGGCAGAGAUUUGGUCAACAUGGCAAAGAAGCGCACUAAUGUUAUACCCAUCAUUGAAGAUGCCAGACACCCAGCCAAGUACCGGAUGUUGGUUGGCAUGGUGGAUGUAAUAUUUUCUGAUGUUGCUCAGCCAGAUCAGGCGAGAAUUUUGGCUCUUAAUGCCUCAUAUUUUCUAAAAGCCGGUGGUCAUUUUGUUAUAUCAAUCAAGGCCAACUGCAUAGACUCUACCGUUCCAGCAGAGGCAGUGUUUGCAAGUGAGGUGAAUAAGUUGAAAGCAGAUCAAUUCAAACCGACUGAGCAAGUAACUCUUGAACCAUUCGAGCGAGAUCAUGCCUGUGUUGUCGGUAUUUAUCGGGCGCCAAAGAAACAAAAGGCUGUUGCCUAGUUUACACAAUAGGAUUUGGUUAAGUUUGUUUGUUAUCCAUCGUCUAGUAGUUUAUGGUUCUCUUAUAUAGGUUGUAAGCUAGGCCAUGUUGAAGAAAGUUUUGUUUAAUUUUCAUUUUUGUGGAGACUGAUGAUAAUCGGUUAACGGGGAUGUCUGCUCUUUGUUUUGCUUUGUUAUAUCUUAGAUAUGUGUAAUUUGGAUGCUGGCAUUUUACUCGGAGCUUACACCUUAUGGGGUUGUAUUUGUUAAA